AUGUGCCUUUACUUUCCGUUAGGCCAGAAGUAUACAACAGAGAAGUCAUUGAUGAAAACAUGAGGGGUCAUCUGUGACUUUGUUUAUCGUAGACAAGUGGAUACAAAGUUAUGUUUCAAGUCUUUGAUAUAGGCGGAUCUUAGCAUAAAAACAUGGCCAGUUCCAUGGUGGCAGUGGGGCUCACCCUAGCAGCAGCUGGAUUUGUAGGUCGAUAUGCCAUGCAGGCCAUGAAACACAUGGAACCCCAAAUGAAGCAAGCUAUGCAGAGUUUUCCCAAAUCGGCUUUUGGUGGGGGAUACUACAGAGGUGGAUUUGAUCCCAAAAUGAACAAGAGAGAGGCUUCGCUUGUUCUAGGAGUCAGUCCCACGGCUAACAAGACCAAGAUCAGAGAAGCCCACAGAAAACUGAUGAUUCUAAAUCACCCCGAUAGAGGUGGAUCACCAUAUCUUGCGGCUAAAAUAAACGAAGCAAAGGAUUUACUUGAUGGACAACUAAAGAAAUAGAUCAGAUAAAAUCACAUUGCAUUUAAUUUCUUAUUAAUUGUGCCCAAAUAAAUCAUUUAAUGAGAUCAAA